AUGGCAGAUUCUCCAACUGAGAAACCUAGUCAGGCUGCAUCCUCUCUGGCACCUGGAGGAAUGGGAAGAGAAGAAGAAGGAGGGGGAGGAAGAGUAGCGGAUUCGACGCAGGAACUGCAGCCUAUCAUCAUGGACACAAUCAAUAAGCUCUCAUGUACUCUUUCAUUUGAGCAAAUAUCAAGCAUAGAGGAGACCUUACAACAUAUCAAGUGGCAUAAGCAGCGACAUCAACAACAUUCACCAUAUCAACAGCAGCAGCAGCAGCAACAACAAAGUCAAUUGCAGCUCCCUCCGCAGCAGCUACAAGAUUAUGAUACUUCUAUCCAACCGGAGCCUUCCGGUUCUGCACAGGCGUCUCAGCAAUCACUUCUUGUUUCAUCAUCACAGCAACUACAGCGACAACGACCGCCAUCUCUACCACGCACGACCAUGCCUGCUAUGCGUCACUUUAUGUCUGUCAUGACUUCUGCUUCAGAAGAGGCUGUCACAUUGCUACCUACUGCGCCCUUAAUCAAACUGGCUGAGGAUGGAGUACCCUGGCUCACAUUCGCCUACAACACGAGAACUUCUCGAACUUUGUGCAAAAUUCGUGCUGACAUUGAUUCCAUUCAGGAUAUUACCGUCAUGGAUACUCCUGCGGACUUUCGAUCCCUCAACUGUAUUUAUGUAAACGCAAAUGGGCCUGAGAAUUGUUAUAAAGGUGCAAAGGCCCGCCGAGAUUUUGAGCGUGAAUGUAACGAGCAAGGGUGGAAACUGGCAUAUCUGAAUCCACAAGUGUUGGCUGGCAAAAAAGGUCUUUUACAACAAGCCGUAAAUAGCUUGCGGAAUGCGACUGUGAAACAGAGGUCUCGAAGGGCCCGUAGGCGUGAGAAGAACCUUCGACUGGCAAUGGAUACAAUCAUAGCCUCGCAAGGAAGCCUUCCGAACCAGUACCAAUAUCAGCAUCAAUAUCAGCACCAGGAAAAAACAUGGAAACAGGCGUCAGAGCAAGGUCUAGACUUGGCGCAGGGGCUUGCAAGGGUUGGUCCGCAGCGGGAGCAGCCCCAAUCCUCUCCAGAAUUUCAUCCGCCUUCAGCAGCACAACGCGCUCUGCAAUGGCGGCCACUCUUGGUACCGUCUCUGCUACCUCAGGAGGAACGGCAGGUUACUAUGGAUACCACUUCAAGAAGCGACACGGCGGAGGAACCUUCCUCAUUACUGCCUUCACCAAAGACCAUCCUUGUUUCGCCAACACUUCCACAACAAAACCUUCCUAAUCUCGGAUAUUUCAAGCAUGUGCCUCCAUACACUGUCACCACCGCAGAUCUAGAUUACUAUCUGGAAUUUGAUGGGUUUUUUGAUGGCCGAUUUCAAAAAGUCCAUGUCCUGCAUUAUGGGAUUGAACAGGUCCAAGUAGACGAACUGUCUUUGGAAUUCAAAAGAGCCAACGCUGUAUUCCCUCGGUCAUUUUCAGAUGAUAGUCAAAAAUCUGGGAACACUAGGAAGAAUAGACGUAAUAAUAAUAACAAAGAUGAGAAUGAAGACGAAGAUGAAAACGAGAAUGAUAAUGGCGGCUUGUCUGGAUCGCAACAGUGGAAAGUGUCCAAUGCUAGACAAGCAGAAGAAUCUUAUUUAAACGAGCUUGGCUGGAAGCUGUGCUCUCUUAAUCAAGCUGUCCUAGGCGGGAGACGUUUACUACUCCAGCAGGCGUUAAACGCUUAUCGACGUCGAUUCCUUCAUGCAACCUGUCAUCCACGUGCAAGGGUCGCGCCUACUCUCUUAUCAAGAUGGACAAUAGCGCCUUCAUCAUCAUCUUCAUUAUCACCAUUACUCUCUCGGCUCCGAGCAUCGCAACUUUCUACAACACGGACCUUUGAUGAUCACAAUGCUUUUACCCGCUAUAGAUUAAAGGCGUCUCGACCUUUGCAGCAAUAUAUACCGGACCGUCGCGUUCGGCUCAAGGGCUACAGCGAUAAAAAAUAUAUAACGGUCGCCAAGGCAAGGCCGAAGUUUGUCUCUCCCAAAUAUGGAAUGGAUUGCAAUAGCUUUAAACGCAAGAACUUAACGGACAUCAAAACCAAUGGUAAUCUAGGAGACGAAGAAGGAGAUGGAGACGGCUAUGGUAGCGAGAUCGAAGAUGAGACAAACUUUUACCAUGAUAAUGAUGAUGAUGAAGAUGAGGACAAUAUUGGUGGAGGCAGCGACGGUAGUGACGGGGAUAACUCUCAUUCUCAAAUGUCAUUACUGACAUUCACGGGAAAUAUUCGCACCUACAAUCUGGGUUCCGGUUCCGGAUCUGCUAGAAGUCGACCUCGUAUCAAUACCUCCAAUACUAAACUGAAAAGCUUCAGCUGUACUCACUCACCUUUGCAAAGAUCCAGUGAAAGACAUCAUUAUAAUAAAAUUGAGGUCGCUUCCUCGAUGAGUCGGCCAUCCCGCAGAUCGCAUCGUCAAGAGCAUCAGGAGGAUACAUUUAGGCCUCGAAAGAAGGUGAGACGUAAUGAUUUUAAUGAGCUUAGAGCCUCUCAAGACAACGAUAGUGGUGAGAGGCCUUCCAAAGACCCGUCAGGGACAGAUGCUGCUCGGACACAGAUCGGGGAAGUUGAAAACGAUAAUAUUAGUGGCAAUGAUGAUGAUGAGGAAGAUAAUUGGUGGAUGUCGCGGCUUCAAAAUAGCUCCUAUCCUGAGGAUCACAACUUUGUGAGCAUGACGACCGAGGAACUUAUCGAUGCUCUGACAACGGGAUAUAGUAACGAAGUAGAGGACGAGGAGGAUGAAGAGGGAGAAGAGAGAGAGGAGGAAGAGGAGGAAGAGGAGGAAGAGGAGGAAGAGGAGGAAGAGGAGGAAGAGGAGGAAGAGCAGGAAGAGGAGGAAGAGGAGGAGGAGGAGGAGGAGGAAGAAAAAGUCAGCGAGACUGAUUAUGAAUGA